UGGGCCCGGAGCCGCUGCAGGGCCCGGCCGAGCCGGGCUGUCGCGCUCGCGAUGAGCUGCACGAUCGAGAAGAUCCUGACGGACGCGCGGACGUUGCUGGACCGGCUCCGCGACCACGACAGCGCGGCCGAGUCGCUCAUCGACCAGUCGGCCGCCCUGCACAGGCGCGUGGCCGCCAUGAGGCAGGCGGGGUCGGCGGGAGCCAAGCAGGUGAGUGCGGGUGGUGGCAGGCUGGCAGGAGCCACCGGCCCCCUUCCUGCCCGUAACCACAUCCCUCCGUCUUACCAGGCUCACGAUGAGGCCGCCAACGUGAAAGAUGUGUCUAAGCUCAAGCCGCACCUCCUGCUUUCCCAAGAGAACACCCAAAUCCGGGACUUGCAGCAGGAAAACAGAGAAUUGUGGAUCUCCUUGGAGGAACACCAAGAUGCUUUGGAACUGAUCAUGAGCAAGUACAGGAAGCAGAUGUUACAAUUAACAAGGGGAAGAAAAGAUGAGGAUGCUGAACCAGUCUUGAAAGUGCACCAGGCUCAGUCUGUGGAGAUUGAGAGUCAAAUAGACAGAAUCUAUGAGAUGGGAGAAGUGAUGAGAAGAGCUGUUCAAGUGGAUGACGAUCAGUUCUUUACAAUUCAGGAAAAACUAGCCCAGUUGGAGCUUGAAAACAAGGAGCUGCGUGAGCUGUUAUCCAUCAGCACAGAAUCUCCCACGGUGAGGAUAGUGGAGCUGCCUGACAGUGGACCUCAAGCUCCAGAAUAACUGUCUCCGCUCUUGAAUUUUUAAAAAAACUAAAGUAUCUGGAACCAACCCUACAGGAAAGCUCACUUUCUUUUGCGUGGUGUUCUUCCACAUGUCUCCUGGUAUCCUCAUUUUUCUCUGUCUUCCACAGUGUAUACAUUUAUUUUCUUAGCACUGCUGUUGAAACAUCUCCCUCUGAUGGCAAUGGUUUGCAAUGCUGCUCAGUCUUAAUAACAAUUGAUGGCAGCUUAACCAUGAGCUAUACUCCUUUGUGUUUGUCUCCCCUAAGGAAGACUGCUUCUAGCUCAGCUUCAGUUAAAACUUUUACCUGUGCAGAUAGCCAUUUAUCUAUCUUAACUCCCAGUUCGUAGGUGGCUUUAUUUUAUGAGUGGUUAUUAUUUUGUGAAAUGGAUAUGACUUAGUUGAUUGUUUGAAAAGCUGUCUUUUACAUACCAGGAUAUAUGUUUAAUUUUUUAAAUGGCUAACUCACCAAGCAGUGUGUGGCUGGGUUAAUGUCACUGGGAUACAGACUGGAAGACUGGCUGCUGCUUAUUGUAGGCAGGUUCAGAUACUGGCACAGAAUAUUGUUUAGUAAUACUUUCUAGCUUUCUUGUGUUGUAACGAACCUGGUAUCUGCAACCUAGACGUUCCAGUGACUAAUGGUACUUUAAAUCACAGAAGACUUUUAAAUACAUGCUUCCAAGUUCUUUUCCUAAGUUACUGAAAGCUGAAUUAUUAAGUUUAGCAGUUCCAUAGGAAUGUCAAGUUAUUUGUUCAGUCCUCCAUCAGAAGGAAGAUUUUUGAUGGUCGUGGAGGGAUUUAGGUCUCGUUUCUUUGAAUUACGGGAGAAAUACUUGCCUCAUCCCAGAACAUCUUUGGAGAAGCCUAAUCUAACAGAGGAAAAAGGAAUUCUCAAUAGAAAGAUGCUGGGUGAAAAACCUCCCCUUUCUUCCUUCCCAAGUUAAAAAUAAAUGAACAAAACAAAGAAA